AUGAAGGCCACGACGUUUCUCCCGCUCUUCGCUGCCAGCGGCGCCCUCGCCGCCACCCAUACCGUCAUGGUCGGCGGUGUCAAGCCUCCGACAGACCCCACUGGCGAGCCCACGCCCGUGCUGCAGUACUCGCCCGAGAACAUCAUGGCCGCUCCCGGUGACACUGUCGAGUUCCACUUCAUGCAGAAGAACCACACUGUCACCCAGAGCACAUUCGAAGACCCCUGCAAAAAGAUGGAGGGCGGCUUCGAUUCCGGCUUCAUGCCGAAUCCCGACGGUGCAGAGGGCGUUACCUGGACCAUGACGGUCAACGACACCAAGCCAAUCUGGGCCUACUGCAAGCAGAAGACGGGCAUUCACUGCGGCAAGGGCAUGGUCUUCAGCGUCAACGCCGUCGAGAGCUCGGACAAGUCGUUCGCGGCGUACAAGCAGCUGGCCAUCCAGAAGAACGGCACCGAGCUCGAGACCGCCCCCAUCGCCGCCAGCCCGGCCGCCGCCGUUUCGAGCACUGUCACCCUCGCCGCCGGCCAGGCUGAGGCGACCGCCACCGUCGCCGCAGGCAACGGCCAGUGCGCCGACGGCUCCGCUUGUACCUGCUCUUGCCUCUGCGGCACGAACAGCUUCCCGGAGGGCGCCGCUGUGAACAACUUUGGCGGCUUUGCUGGCAUGCUCCCUGCUUAA